CUCUCUCUCACAUCUUUUGCGCGCGCACGCCCCCGCAGGAGUAAGUAGUCCUCAUUUAAAAAUGCCCAGAAGAAGCCCUCUGAUCUUUUAAGUAUAAUUAACGAUACAAAGGUGUUAAAAUGCUCACCAUUGUACUUGAGUAAAAAGUACAAUGGGCUAAUACGUCAUGUUUUAAUUAAUGUUGCAGCUGGGAAAGGUGAAGCUCAGGUGCCAGCUUUGAGCAGGUAGACGGAUCUCCGUUUGCAUGUAUGCCCUGAAGAGGAAACAGUUUCCUUAGCGAGGCCUCGUGGGGACGGCGCAGGUGAGUGACAGCUGGGUUUCUACUGAGCAGACACACACAUAUUUGUAUCACCUUACCAGUAAAACCAGUUAAACUGGAACCUGCAGGUUCCCUCUUUGUGCCUCUCAGGUCACCAGCGAGCCCGACGGUGACGCGGUGGGGUCGAAGCUAAAGACCGAGGAGAACGAGGACGCGCUGGGAAGGUUCUGUUUUUGUGGAGAACGAGGAGGAGCAGGAGGAGGUCCGGCAGCGAUGUACCGCUCGGCCCCCGUGUACGGAGGAGGGGAAGGGGAGCACUACUUUGUCCCAGAGGGGGACUGCACCAGUGAGGAGUACGAUCCGGACUCCGAGGACGGGAAAGGGGCCCGGAGCGUCCGCAGGUCUCUGUCGCUGGAGAUCUACGGCCUGCAGAGGGAGCCGCACGUGCACUUCUCCAACCGGGAGUACUACCGCCGGCUGGAGGAGCUGAAGAGCGCCCACCUGAGGAACAUGGCCGAGCUGGAGACCAUGUACAUCGGCCAGGGCCGAGAGCGCCGCGCCGAGGAAGACGAGGGACGUCCGGGAGGAAGGCCGAGCCGAGAGGACCGGCUGUCAAUCAGCAGCAGCAGCAGCCCCGCCAGGAAACUCCAGAGGAUCAACUCCCAGGAGGAACUGGACUUUCACGAUACAUCCAGCGGGUCGGACCAGUCGGAGCUUCUGGGGGAACUGGAGCCGGACCAUCCAAGAGGGACUCCUGUAGACCAGGACCAAACCUUCGAGAGAGACUUCCUGCUGAGCCCAGAAGAAACCGCGACCCGCGAGGAGUUCCGGUUCCAGCCCAAGGCCUCCUGUCCGAAACGGCGGGGGUCGCCGUCCCGGCCGACCGGGGUCAGGGUCAAGUCGAGCUUCAAGGCCACCGUGCCCAAACCCUUCCAGAUGAUGCUGCGGGAGGAGGAGAGGAAGAGGCGCAAGGUGCGCACACGCUCGGAGAUCGAGCUGGAGAACGCGCUGCUGAGACGCGAGCUGGAGGAGCUCCAGGAGUGCCAGAAAACGUUCCGCGCGGCGCCGGCGCCGGCGCACAUCCACCUGCCGCUCUACGAAGUGAUCAGCCGGCGCCUCGACCGGAGCAGGAGCAGCGGCGGCGGCGCUCCGCCGAGGCCCUUCCGCUUCCUGGAGAGAGAGAGGCGGAAGAGGGAGGCGAAGGUCGUGGCCGAGCUGGGGAAGCUGCAGGCGCCGGAGGAGGAGGAGCGGCGGCGGCGGGCCUUCAGGGCCCGGCCCAUGCCCAGCUCGGUGUACGGCGCCAGACGCGGAGCGCACGCCGAGACCUCGGGCCGCCAGGCGGGCCGAGGCCCGGGGCCGGACGCCUCUACCGACUCCCGGAGGCCUCGGCGAUGUCCGUCCGCCAAGCCGGCGAAGAAGCAGAUAGAGCUGUCCAUUGAGAUGGUGAAGGAGAGGGAGUGGUGCUACACUGACAUCUGA